UAUAUCAUAAAGAUCGUAAAUAAAACCAAUGGCAAAUAAUAAUAACAAAAAUAUUAUUCUAUUAUUUUACCAUAAAAAUAAUAUAUAUAAAUAAUAAAAAAAGUAAAUAAAAAUGGAUAAUUUAAUAAAUAAUUUACCGUCAAAUUCUACAUCAAUUAAUUUUAAAUUAAGUGAUACGUCAUCAGUGUCAUACAAUGACAUUGCUACUAAAUUAUUAAGUGAAAAAUUAUUAUUAACAGCAUUAGAAUUACAUGCUGAAUUAUGUGAAUCUGGUAAAGAGUUACCAAUACUGCGUGAUUAUUUUUCAAAUUCAAAUAAUUUUGAUAGUUCAACAAAAAAUGAAUCCUUUGUAUCAAUUGCCAGAUCAUCAAGUCAAGCAACACUAGAUUCACUUGAUAUGACACGUUAUUCUGAAGACGAUGGUGGUGUUGAUGAAAGAGUUGCUGUCCUUGAAUUUGAAUUGAGAAAAGCCCGUGAAAAUAUAUCAGCACUUCGUGCUAAUCUUACUGUUGUCACUGAAUCAGCAAGUACAUCACCAGAUAAAAAAAAUAAUAAACAGUUUAAUGAUAAAUGUUUAUCAAUAAAACCACAUGAGCAACGUGCACUUAAUUAUUUAGUUUAUGAGUAUUUAUUAUCACAAUCUUAUAAAUUAACAUCAAUUACAUUCAGUGAUGAAAAUGAGAAUCAAGAUUUUGAAGAUUGGGAUGACGUUGGUCUGAAUAUUCCAAAGCCACCAAAUUUAUUGCAAAUUUAUCGCGAAUUUCUUAGCAAAACUGGUUACGAUAAAUCACCAUCUACUGAUGCUUCAACACAAACAGAUUUCAUUGAUGAACAAAUUACACUUAAUGAUGAUAACCCAGCUGAUGAAACAAAUGAACAAAAAGAACAAUUAAAUGCUUCAUCUGAUGAAUUUGAAUUUAUUAAGCAACAAUCUUCGGAUGAUAAAAAAAAUGAUACCGUUGAAUUUACAAAAAAUAAUAUUGAAGAAUGUAAUGAUCAAGGUGAGGAGUGCAAUGAACAAAAUGAUAAUAAUAAAGUAGUAAAUAGUGUCGCUUCUACAUCAACAACACCCGAAAAACUAGACCCUCUUGAUUCAGUACAUCAAGAAACUCUUAGCGGAAGUCAAGAACCUGAUGAAGAUGACAGUAUCAGUAUAUCAGCUGUAAUGAGUCUCGAGGAUACUGAUCCAGGUGACAAAGAUUGGACGAAAGUUCAACUGUCACGUCUGGAUAUUCCUGUUGAAUCUUCAUCAUCAUCAGUAUUUAUAAAUUUACCAUCGAGAUUUUUGCCAGAAAGAUUUAAAGAACAUAUAUUAUCAUACUCAUCAGUAAAUACGUCCAGCACCGGAGUGCAAAUGGUUGAUGAUUUAAUUAAAAAUAAUUCAUCAGAAUCGUUAAUUAAUUUACUUGCUAAAAGUCUAUUAAUAGUUUCACCAAAUAUUAUUUCAACAAAACGGGAAGAAGUUAUUCCAUUGUUAAUAAAAACAAUUCGCGUACUACCAAAAAAUAAUGAUCGUGAUAAAUUAUUACAGUUGCUGUUUAAUUUAAAAAAAAAACCACAUCAAGAGGAACGACGGGUUUUAUUGAAAGCUUUAAUUACUGCUAUUAAAAUGGAUGGAGUACCACCAGAACCAGAGGAAUUAAUAACACUUUGUUGGGAACAAAGUCAGCAUAAGUAUCCAGAAAGACGUCUGUUGGCUGUCGAAUGCUGCUCAGUACUUGCGCCAUACACUUCAAAUGCUGUCCGUAAUUCGCUGAUAAUAUCAAUGCUGCAGCAAAUUUUACUUGAUGAUAAAGAGACAGUUGUACGUGUUGCUGUUAUUCGCAGCUUAGCUUUACUCGUUGCGCUGACAGAUGAUCCUGAUAAAUAUUUUCAAUUUGAAGAACUAACACUCACGGCAUUAGAUGAUGAGUCAACUCAAGUAUUUCAAAUUGCUUCUAAUUUAUUACUACCGACUUUGGCUCAAUGGGCGUUGUCUUUAAAACGUUUAUUGUCACAUUUAAUGUCACGUAUUUUAUCAAGAUUGAAAAAUAAUUUUGUCAAAGCUGAUAAAUUAAAUAGCAAAUAUUCUCAGAGCAAAGACAGUAAGAAUGAUGAUAAAAUAAUACGAUUAAUUGAUACGUUAAAAAUAUUAUUACCUCAUAUUAUUGUUUUUAUGGCUGAUAAUGACGCGGUAAAAAAUAUGAUAACUGAGAACACACCAUCAGAAGUACCGAAAAAAAUUUUAAAUUUAUGUCCGUCGAGUAUUAUGGAGCCGGCUGCAUUUUCAGAAAAUCCCGAUAGUAUUGGUAAGAUAUUAAAUAUUUUUUUAACAAAUAAUUGGGAAGAAAUGUGGCCAGAAUUUGAAUGGUUGACUAAAAAAUUGAUACCUGAUAUUGUUGAAAUGUUUAAAUUAAUUGAUUUAACUCAAGAAAAUGUUUUAAAUAAUUUAUUAAUGUACAUACAGUCAAUGUGUAAUGGCUUUGGUGUUAAUAUCGUACAGCAUAAAAUUAAAAAAUUAUUUGAAGAUGAAGUUAUGGAGUGCGAACAAAAAUUAAUGGCUUUAUCUGAUAAUUCAUCGAUAAGUAUGGCUUUUAUACCAGCAUAUUUAUUGAUUUUAUCGACGUUGGAUCCACAGGAAUUGUCUAAAAUACUUAAACAUUUUAUAAUCAUGUUCUCAAUAAACGGAUUGGAUAUUAAUAGUUUGAUAAUAACUAUUAAAAUAUUGUGUAAGCAACCGGAUAUCGUUGAAGAAGUUGUCAGUGCACUUUGGGAAGGUGUGGUUCAUCAGCGUGCUGUUGUAAGAUGCACGACAGGUAAAUUGAUUGGUAAUAUUAUCAGUACUAUUGAUGAUAAAUUGGUUAUGUCAAGAGUUGCACCGGCAAUAGUAACUCUGGCAAGUGAUGGAGAUGUAACUGUUAAAGCAGCAGCUGUUACGGCACUUGGUAAACUUAUUACUGAUUGUACGGCAAGUCAAGUAAGAGAUAAAGGCAGAUUGACUUUAGAGUCUAUUGUUAAAGAUCCGCAAGGAGUUUCUCAAGCUUUAACAAUACCUUUAAUAACAACAUUCACUUAUAUUGCACCAAAUUGUUCUCAGCAUUAUAUUGAAGAUGUUAUUGCACCUCAUUUGGCUGGAAUAACAGUAUCAGCGUCUCAGCAAACUCAAAAAGUUGAAUUGACAACGGCAUUACUUGAUGCAUACUCUGUUCUAGUUUAUAGUGCUCUUAGUGAUCGUUGUAUCACUGGUGUUUUAUUACCAGGUUUAAAGUACUUAGAAACUUUAACUAAUCAAUUGUUACCACAUCAAAGAGAUAGCGUUAAAUCACUUAUUAGAGAAGCUGAAUCACGACAUAAUACAUCGAAAAAUAAUGAAAAAACGACAUUUACAAGUUCACCAUUAUCAUUACCACUUACAUCCACAAAUGUAGGACAAGGCGUUGAAGAUAUGCGACAGAGGAUGACAAAAAUGUUUAGCCCGAAACCUGCAUCACCGGGUAUCACGAACAUAUUUCGUAAGAAAUAAAAUUGAUAAUCAUGUAUAUAAAUUAUAUGACGGUGCCUUUUCGAAAUGUUAUUAAAAAUGAACAAAAGGAUUUAAAAUUUUAGAAAGCAGUAAUUAAAUUUAUUUUAAAUUGACUAAAAAUCGCACAAUUAUUUUUCGACGAUUUUUUAUAAUUCGGCUUCUAAAAUUAAUAAUUUUAUUUCAUUUAUAUUUAUAUAUACGAUUUCAUAAAUAUAUGUAUAUAUCAGAUUAUUUAUUUAUGUACAUAUAAAUUUUUAUACUUAUUACAACAGAUUAGAAGACGGCUAUUAUUGAUUUUUUAAAAAUAUAUUUUAAAUAAAAUACUAUUUGUUUAACGAUCUCUCUUAAAAAAAAAAUUAAAUAGAUUUAAUUGAUUAAUUAAAUUAUUUUUAUUCAAGUAAUUCGAAAUUUUAAUCGAUAGUAAAUAAUUCGAUAUAUCUAGACUUGAAAAAAUUACUAGUAGAAAAAAAUAAAAACUAUUUUAUUUAUCGAUAUUACAAUUAUUUGAAUCUUAUGACACGACAUUACAUUGAGUUAUAUAU